AUGGUCUUCACUGAGUCCCUCGCCUCAGCACAUUUGACACUGAGGUGGCGUGUGCGUGGACUUCCACUGACAUGCUUAUUGCGAACCGAGUUCGAGGAAGAAACACAGGAGUACCGAAUCUUGCCCGCUUACGUGCACCUGCUCAAGCAAAGGAACGUGCGAAGACCGUUUGUCGACCUACCCCCACCAAAAAACAGGACUAUUCAAACUCUUGGCCCUGUGCAGUACACACGAGAUACUCCUGAGCUGAGGACCACUUGGUACAUGGAGAAUCAACCUAUCCAGGACCCGACCGAAGCCCUGCGAGAAACUGCGUAUCUGUGCAGCGAGCUUCAGUCGACAAUGGCAUUGGCCAAGGCAGAAUCGACCCUCUAUGCGGUCAACAGUUUGCUGGACAAUGCGGUAUCCGUGCUGGACGCAUACAAGCGUCUGCACGACUCGAAGAAGCGGGGUCAGCGGUCCUUGGCAGAGGUUCCCAUGGAACACCUAGCCAAGGUCUGGACGACGAAGCACAUGGACAGAUCCGAAAGCGGCUUGGAGCACAGGAGUCAUCACUCCACGCGCGGAGAGGUUCUCACGAAAAAGACCGAUCUCGUUCUUGCCGGACACUUUGCACGCUUGCGACCGGAGCUUUUUGUGAGGACCCAUGGUGAGUUGCAAUUGUUGACGCUAAGGCAUAGAUUCUGA